AAGGCCACCACCGCCAUCACAAGCAUUCUCAGAGGGGACAAAGAUGGUCGAUGGGUCCAACUGGAUAUGGAUCCUCAUCGUCCUGGGCCCCGUAGGAUGGCGCAAGUUGCAGUCGUGGCGCGCAACCAAGCGGGCUGAAGCAGCAGCAGCAGCUGCCACCUCUUCGUCACGGCCUGCUUCUCGUCGACCCUUCUUCCAGCUGCCAAGGCCUCUUUUCCUACCAAGCAACCUUCUGCUCUCGGCCGUUGUCAUUGGACUCGUCGUGUACCACCUCAGGGUCCUCGUGCGCACCGCCCUGGGCCAGGAUCUGCAGGACGGCGAUGUCUUUCUCGUCUCUGGCACAGGCACGCGUGCCUCGGUCGCAGAGGUGCGCUCGCGCGUCGCCUCCAUGUCCUGGUCCGAGCUCGGCUGGCGCAGUGCCUGGGGCGAGGACGGGCUGGAGAUGCUGCUCCGGCGGCUGACGAGCUACGAGGGCCGGCGCCUGCAUCUCCUCGUCGGCACCGCUCCUCUGCUCGAGUGCGCCUUUUGCACCACGGCCUCGGAUCUCGCGCUUUACAGCCUCGCCGGCAGGCUCGUGCAGUACAGUGCCCACCUGCUCCUCUUUGGCCUGCUCACCCUCCGGUGCGACUCGCUCGAGGUGGUUGAUGAAGUCUUUCGCACCCUCGGCCUCCUUCGCUCGCCCUCCUCUGCGAGCACGCCCAACGGCGCGCCGGUGCGCCCACACCGGGCUCCAUGGAGAGGCACGGCCACGUAUGUGCUGGUCGCCAUGCUGCUCGUCGAGUGCGCCAUCCUCUUUGACUUGUUCGACCUCAGCUUCGGCUACGGCGCAGGCGGCCGAAGCAGAUGGAACCAUGCAAGUUGGCACGCCAAUGUCCACCUGGCGCGGCACAUUGUCCUCCUGCUCCUGAGCCUGAGCAUCUACCUCCGCCCCACGCUGCCCCGGCCGCCCGCGCUCGUCGAGGCCGCCGUGCUCCUCGGCCGGCUGCGCACGAACCUCGAAGAGACGAUGACGCAGGUCCAGACGCACCGCCUCAGCAACGAGGUCGUCUGGUCCGACGCCGGUCUCCGCCAAGCGGCCGGCCGCUGGUGGGACCACGUCGAGCAGCCGCCGUCGGAGGAGGAGCAGCAGCUGGACGGCGGCGCAGGCGUAGUGGACAUCGGCGCGCUUCAGGGCAGGGCUAGAGAGACGGCUGCAAAAGUCUGGGCAGAGGUGGAGCGCAACUGGGCCAGGUGGGGGCCAAAGACGGUCCUCCUCGACCGAAGCCAGGACCAGCCGGUAUCACAGAGUCAGAACACUGGCAGCAGCGGCGGCGGCGGCAGUAGCAGUAGUGGCAAUGCAGACCAGCAACAGCAACAACCACCCUCCGUGGGUCCUCUGCAGGACUCGCGCGCGACAAAUGUGGGCGGCCCAGGCGCUAGAGACAGCGAAGAGCAGCAGACUGGCAAGCCGGCCGUCCAUUCGUCGGGACCAUGAGACACAUACUGUAUAUCCAUUGCUC